AUGGAGCUUAUAAGACACUUUAAGAGUCUAGCAAAGAGAGGCCUUCCACCUACAAGAGAGGCGACACAAAACUCUGCUUCACAGAUAGCUAAGGAGGAGGUGGGAGAAGGGUGGGUGACACGCUUCCUGGCCAGGAACAACAACCACGUCAUAUCACAAUGGACUGUUGGCAUGGAUAGUAAUACACCAAGAAACCUCGCAAUAAUAACUGUUGUCGCAGAGGCGCUCUACUUCCUACCUGCGCCGCUUGCUCGCAGCCAGGGUCGGGUACAAACGCUUGAUGCAUACUACGCCGAGGCGCGUCACCCGUUUCCGCAGCCGAGUCGUGCAAUCGCGCUUGUCAAAUCGCGUGAAUCUGCCCCAAAGUUGGAGGAAAUCAUGGUAAAAUCGGAGAUUAGAUGCGGCUUUGAUACAGGAUUGGACCUAGCGGAGCCGAUCAAUAUGGAGUAA